CGCCUUUGUUAAAAUAAAUUGGCGGCUGUACCCGGGUUGGGUCGGGUCGUAGCGGGAUGUUGUUUAUGUUAUUAUCACGAGUUUAAUGAAUCAUUUAACUGAUUAGAAAGUACCUAUGGGUUCAACACUAACCUUUAAACCACAUUAAUAUUUAAACCUAACUCGACCGCGAUCGUGUUUAGAACUACGGACCACAACUCGCCUAUAAGGGAGAAUGGCGAGCCCGCGAUACCUCUGGUGUUCCCUUCUUAGUCUGGGCUUCACCCCCGAGGCCGAGAUCUCCAACCUGGUGGGCAAGACCAAUGUCAAGUACAUCAACCUGGGAGUGCACAUGUUUGACAAACCCAACAAAGACGCCUUUUACAUUGUGGUCCAUUUCCUGUUGGAUAAACUGGACCCCACUCGCUUCAGUGAGGCGUACAGGUACUGCUGGCCUGUGUUAGACCGCAAAGCAGACACUGAGUUCAGGAAAAUCACACUCGCCUGGCUUAAAGACAUCGUGGAUGAGAACAGCAGAUCCGCCCCUAAAGUGUUGGCGUCUCUGUUCCUGUCACCGGGGGGGCCCAAGUUUAUCGCGGUGAUGCUUCACCUGGCAAAACAUGUCAUGCUGCAGGAGAUGAAAACAUUUACCACGGACGGCCGGUGGGCCCCUGAGGAAGCCGCCGUGCCCGCCUCCACCGUGGACAUCGCCAUGAAGAGACUGAGGCUGACCAAAGCCAGGCUCCUCCAGUCGGCCCAGGCCCAGGACCGCCUGCUGCAGGAGGACCGGAGACGCGCCCAGACCCUGGGUCAGUCCAUUCAAGACAUCCGGGCAGAGGGAGCCAAGUAUGACAAUCUGCUCAAACGUCAAGAAAAUGAUUCGUACAUGGAAGGGGAGGCUUCGGCUCAAAAGCUCCUCAAGGUGCGCUCCCUGUGGGCGGCCGUCGACGACAUGCUGUCGGCGCUCCGGGAGGUGCGGCAGGGGGUGGCCUGCGUGCUGAGGCCCGACGCGGACCAGUACGUCCUGGACGGGGACGCCCUUUCCCUCAGAAUCCCCCGGUUGCUCCUGGAGAAGAUCGAGCAGCUCCCGCAGCAGCUGAGCUCGGGCAACGUGUACGAGGCGGGCCAGCUGAACCCGCUGAGCGCGCUGGAGCUGCUGAACCACGCCCUGCUGCUGCUCCGGGAGGAGAGGGGCGUGGUGGCAGGCCCCGCCCCCCUGGCCCUGCUCCGCCUCCAGGAGCUGCAGACCAAGAGCGGUCAGGUGGGCCGCGUGCUGGAGGAGCUGAAGGUCCUCAGACAGAAGAUCUCCAAGGAGGAGAUCCCAGAGGUCCGGAACGCCUCCCGGAGGUUGGAGCUGGCCUGGGAGAGGCGGUGGAGGGACGCCCUACGGGACAAACCGCUGGCCUCCUUCCUCUCAGACGAUCCUGCGCUGUGCUUCCUCUCCCCCAUGGCCCCGCUGUCCUUCGCCCCGGCGGCAGCCAGCUCCAGGGUGUUCUCCCGCUACGCUGCCGAGCUGCCCGCGGAGUCCCCCCACGAAGAGGAGCCGGCCCGGGCCGACUCCCAGGGGGAGUCUGGCGACAGCAGUCCUGAGUUGAGCAGGCAGAAGAUCUCCAAGGAGGAGAUCCAAGAGGUUCAGAGCGCUCGCCGGAGCAGGGGCUCCGUCCGCCCGGCCCCCCUCGUGACGGUCGAGAGCCCUGGAGCCGUCGCCCCGUCCUACUGUCCCAACUCGUCACUCGCGGAUCUGCUGCACACUCUCUCCUCUCCCCCCAGGGCUCGGUCCCCCAGCCCACCGCCACCAGAGCGACAGGCCAGGGACAGGAGGACCCUCUCCGGCGGUCGGGCGGCUCCCACCAGGAACAAGGCCAACAUAUUGGCCUGGGAGUGUGACAACUUGGCGAGCCAGUUUGCGGAGGCCAUCACUGCGACCAGUCCCAUGGAGGGCAGGAGGAGGGGUUUGGGUCUGGGGGAUCUGCUCUGCAAUCUGGGGGCCGACCCCUUCUCCACCAGGAAGCAGCUGCACCGCACCCCCGAGAGCUUGAUUUCGGACGUGAAGAGUUCCUGGCGUAAGGCGGUCGAGGAAUGCAAAGUCCAAACCGGUUCCAACCGGUCGCCCGCGUCCGACGGUGACGACAUCGCCGCGCAGCGGGCCCCGUGGGACCAGUCCUACGGCACCCCCAGGGGGCCCCUAACCUUCUCGUUACACGCCACGCCCGGUGGAGCCACGCCCACUGCCGCCGACGCCUGCCUCACCCCCUGCCUCACCCCCUGCCUCACCCCCUGCCUCACCCCCCAGCAGCAUCACCCCGCCUGGGGCUCCCCCGACACAGAGGUCAUCCCCCACAUGGAGGGGUUCCCCCACUUGGAGGGCCUCCCGGACAUGGACUUGAUCCCCGACAUGGAGGGGUUCCCUGGAACAGCGUGUCCCCCCUACAGCGACGGCUCCCCCGCCACGGAGGGCUCCCCCGCCACGGAGGGACCCCACGGCGUGAGCCGUAGCGGCAGCGCGCUUCACUCCGGCUCCGCCCUGUGGAGGACCUCCCGGGGGUCGCCCCCGGCCUGGGGCUUCCCCGACACGGAGGGGUACCCCCAGCUGGGCGGCGGCGGCGGUGAAGUCCCCUACAGCCUGCUCGACGAGAUGCUGCCGGACAUGGCGGGCAGCGACGAGGACGGAGACGGGGACCUGCUCCUCCUGUCGCCCCCGGCGACCGGCCGGCCCACCUCCCUCCUGGACCUCAGCAACGACGAGGCGUCCUACCUGGGGUCGGGGACGGGGACGCCGCUCUGCCCCUCGGUCCGGGGGGAGGCCCCCACCCCGGCGUCGGACUCGGUCCUCCUGCUGGAUCUGGAGGAGCUGGACAGCCUGACCCCGCCCCGACGGGAGCACAGCCUGCCCCAGCUGGUGACCUUCUCCCCCAUGGAUGACCUCUAGUGGGGGGGAGGACCACUGAAGACGUUGGAUGUCUUCGUCUUAACUGACUUUGUCUUAAUUGUGCCAUCUGCAGCAGAUGCAUCGCUUUGUGUAUAUAGAUGUAUAACUAACAUGUCUUUAGGACGUUUAAAUAUUAUUUAAAAUGGAAGGGAGGUAUGAACCACUUGAAGUUCUUUGCUUCGCAUUGCUUAAUUGUUUAAAUUCUGGCUCACCUGCAGAAUUUAAAUAGAUUCAUUUUUAAUACAUAGGCUUGGUAUUGAUACUAGAGUGAUGACAUGAGCUUAGUGACAUUGGCUGUUGUAACGCAUUAGCUUCUGUACGUCUUCUGUUUCACAUUUAAUAAAUAAACUUCUUGAGUAGC